AUGGCUGAGACCUCUGUCAAACCAAAGAAUGAAUACCCUGGCCUUGGACUACCUCUACGGAAUUGGGAUUGGAGAAGCUAUGGCUUCUAUCCCAUUGGUUCCCAUCACAACUGCUAUGGAAGCGAAUCAGACAUUAUACCCGUUCGGGAGCUGGCCAUGAUGGACGUUAUGGAGAAGCUUACCGACAAGAUCGAUUGGUACAAGAAGGUGUUCGAUGACGAUAUCAUCGCUAAGUGGCGCAAGGAGGCUUUGGCUAUCCCUGAUGAUCACUUUUGGCAACUUGCCGUUGGUGCGAAGAGGCAGCAUUGGACCCACGACGAUAAUCGACUCGAACUUCAUAACGACUGGUGCGAUUGCGAGCUAGAGAACAUAUUAGACGAGGCUACUUUUGACACUUGUAUCCAAGAGCUUCGUAGCAAAGCUAAGUACUACGAACAGUCCGGCAUUAUUCCUUGUCUGGACGCAUUUGCUUCCGUGGCCAAAUCUGACACGCUUGUUACGAGCGAGCUGCACGCAAGUCUGCGCAAAGCAUUUGAUAAGCUGAAAUCGGACCAUGCUGCUUCUCCUGACUGGCAUCCCAACUCGAAUAGUAUGGUGCAAGAUCUAGUACAUCCAUCUAUGUACCCAUUGGUUUACGGCCGUAGCUGUGGCUUUCACGAAGAGCACGUUGGUGUGGCGGACGCCAUCGAGUGCUGGGCUGGCAAGGGCGAGACCAUCCCACAAGAACCCCCUAUAGAGCCUUCAGAUAGAAACCGCUACAGUUACGGCGUAGGGGGCUCUGACAUCCCGCCGGAAUACUGGUCGCAUACAUAUCAAUGGCUGCCAGCCAACGUGGCUUUCCAGAACGAUGGCAGCGUCAAGUUCACCAGCUACAUCAAUAACCUUCACCCUACGAGGUAUCCCGACAUAUACCGUACCAUCGAGAAGCUAGUUGAUACAUCGAUCCCCAUGUGGGACCAGUGCUUGAGACUGGCAGUCGACUACCAUAAGUUUGAAGGGGCCGGCCGCAUGGAUACUCGCACCGGUAAACCUAACAAUCCUGAUGACACGAACGAGGACAACUGGAUUCCCGAUCACAAGGAAGCGUGUGCUGAUGCAGAGGUCAGCGAAGGUGAUCUAGAGGAUAAUGGGUACGAGUUUGAGUACGACACGGAGGAAGAGCGUGAAGAAGCCUUGUUGGAAGCCAAGUGGAAUAAUGCCCGCAAACCCCGCAUGGAGCCAAUCCCCUUUAACGACUUAUCUUACAAGCCACAACCAGGCAAGCGUCUUGCUGAUAGGUAUCACGACUCGGGACUCCAAAUCAUCGUCAAAAUGGCGUCGAUUGAACUCACACCCGAGAAGCCUGAGUUUCCCGUUGGUGGAUGGCAUAUCGAGGGGCAAAUGAACGAAAAUAUUUGUGCCACAGCCCUGUACUACUUGGACAGCGAGAAUAUCACUGACAACAGCCUCUCCUUCCGCAUGCAAACCUCUGCAUACAUGAACGACGAGGACGAAUACAGCGUUGGACAAGACUCUUAUCAUUGGAUGGAGCAGGUUUAUGGCACCAACCUGGGAUGUGGUAACUCGCCAUGUUUGCAAAACUAUGGAAACGUUCAGACGCGUCAAGGAAGGCUGUUGGCCUUCCCAAAUGUCUUUCAACACCGUGUCUCUCCUUUCCAGCUCAUCGAUCCUACGAAGCCUGGGCAUCGUCGCUUCAUCGCACUAUGGCUCGUCGACCCUACGAAACGUAUUAUCUCGACGGCAAACGUUCCGCCUCAACAGAUGGAAUGGUAUGUCGAUUCGCUACUCGGAUCAAAUGACAAGACACGCCAAGAAGCAUUAUCAAAGCUACCACCGGAGCUCAUCAAUCUGCUUGCGGAGAAAGGGUUCGCUAGUGUUCCUGCUGCUAGAGAAGCUCAGCUUCCCGAGGAGCUCAUGGAUUGCGUACGCAAAUACUUCGAGGAUGGGAAGCACUCGCUACCCAUGAGUUCUAAAGAGGCGAAUGAGCAUCGCAAAAAGCUGAUGCAGGAGAGGGGCGCGUUCGUCCAGGUUUCCGAACGGGGGUGGUCUGGUCAGACUUAUAGCUUCUGUGAGCAUUGA